AUGGGAUGGACUGGAGCCCUCUUUCUCAUCCAACUGUGGUGGUCAAUGACGAGUCAAUUGCUUCACGUGUCGACUCGGAAUACUCAAUAUCUGGUUCGAUCAUUACCGGAUACUCCUUCCUUGCCGAUCAACUGGGCCGGUCGUUUGCCUGUGCCGGGACGUAAAGUAGGAGAUGAAAUCUUCUUCUGGCUAUUCGAAUCAGAAACCCCUACGCAUGAUGAGAACCUAAUUAUCUGGCUCAAUGGUGGACCAGGUUGUUCCUCCCUCGUAGGGCUACUUGGCGGCAACGGACCUAUCUCAUUCAUUGACAAUUCAACCUCACUCGAACGCAACCCGUACUCAUGGACGCGGCUGGGUAAUGUUCUUUACAUAGAUCAGCCGGUCGGCGCAGGCUUCUCCACGGCGAGCAAUCCGUACCCAGUUCGCAACAAUGAGAUGGUCGUGGCGGACUUUGUGGCUUGGCUGAACGGAUUCCUCACACUCUUUCCGCAUCUGUCAUCGAAGAAGAUCCACCUGAUGGGGGAAUCCUAUGCGGGCAUCUACAUACCAUACUUCACCGAGGCUUUGCUCCAGAGCAAUACCUGGACCCCGCUCAAUAUCCGUUCCAUGUCCAUCGGAGACGGAUCUUGGGGGAACGCAGCAGCCAUGUCCUCCGUUGGAAUCGGAGCAUAUGUACAAUCGCAAGCAGCAAUGGUGAAAAUACCAACAGAUAUUCUUGGUGCUUUCGCUGCCGCGGAUCAGGUUUGCGGUUUCGCAGACAUGCUCGCCCAAGCCAAGAUCUAUCCCCCUGAGGGCAAAUUCACCAUCCCGGAAAAUCCGGAAAACUUCAAUUAUCGUCGCCGCCGUCGCCGGGACAUGACCGAUGUUUGGAAUUCAACGUGCAGCAUAACGCCCAGAACAGUCGGUGAUGUCAACAUGUCGAUUUUUAACUCGACUUGUUAUGGUCCAUGCGCCACAUAUUCUACCGUCAUGGAUUACAUGGACACCGCAUCUGCCGACGGCUCGGGCAUUCCUUGUUUCGACGUCUAUGAUAUCCACCACGAUUGCGGCACGAUCCAGACAAUGAACUUGAUGACUUCAUUUUUCAGCCGCACCGACGUUCAGGACGCUCUCCAUGUCAGCGGGCGUGGAACUUACAGUGCCUGCAACUCCACGAUCCUCAGCACGUUGCUCGGUGCACCAUCCGUAGUGCCCCCGGCAUACACCAUUUUACCCGAUCUAGUCACCCAGCACAACAUCUCUUUGCACAUCUAUAACGGAGAGUGGGACAUGUUGUUGAACCACAUCGGCACCGAGCUAGCGAUACAGAACAUGACAUGGCGCGGUGCCCAGGGAUUUUCUACCGAGCCGAAACGUCCAUUCUUUGGCGACGAUCCAAUGCCUGUCACUCAGCCCGGGCACACCGGGGAGACUCGAGGGGAGAAUAAAGUGGUUGGAUUCUGGGGCCAAGAGCGAGGCGUUUCGUAUCAUCUUUUCAAAGGUGCUGGGCAUAGUGUCUUUGCGAACAAACCUCGUGAGAUGUUCGCUUUUGUCCGUGACGUGGUUGUUGGAGAGAAGGAACUUUGA